AGAUAUGCAAAAAAAUAUGUUAAAAUUUAUAAAUAUUAAUAUUAUUACAAUCUUAUUUAAUUAUUAAAUCCAUGAUUAUACGAGAAAAAAUCUGAGAGGAUAUCGAUUUCAAAAAGUAUCUAAAAAUUCAUUUUCGUAUUUUUAAUGGCAUAUUGGGAAAAAAUUUAACAAAAAAAAACAUUUAUCGUCUUUCCCGAUCGAUUUCGAGAUCGAUGACACACCGACCGGAAUUCCAGGCGGAUUUAUAACGUAGUAUCGAUGCUCAUAACGGUAUAGUAAAAUCUCGUAUUUCCCGACGGUGGCACGCACCCCAGGGAAAUGCGAGAGGAGCAACAAGAGUAACGGCGUGUCCGUCCGCACCGCGAGAGCGGAAGGAGGUCGCGCAAGCGCCUCGGAUCAGUACCCGCUCGCCGGCGAGGAGCCUUCAGGGUGAAAAUGCACCAUGGCAUGGGAGGAUCGGCGGGCGAACGUCACGGCGCACAAAAUCCGGCGAUGCAGGCCAGGAAUGGGGUCUGCGACAAAAUCGAAAAUUACAUAUCCGAGCUAGGCCGAUGGGCGGUAUGGAGGGCGAUAAUAAUGGGCCAGUUCCUCUCGCUGGUGCUAUGCUUUAUGACGUUCAUAAAUCAUUACAUAAACACCGGUUCCUACAAGCUCUCGCUUCCAACAGGGCAGAAUGUCCCGCACUACGUAAUGAUGUGCUUAGUCUACACGACGUGGAUGUCCUGCAGGGGUGUGGGAAACGGCCUAAUUUCUGUCAUACGGGCCCGUGGCUGGAGGUAUUUGUUUUUAGCACUGAUCGACGUUGAGGCGUGCACGCUUAUUACAUCGUCGCAUCAAUAUACCAGCCUUGCCAGUAUACAGCUUCUCGAUUGCGUGGCGAUACCGGUCGCCUUGGUGCUCUCAUUUCUUGUACUGGGCGUCAGAUACAGAAUGGUGCACAUCGUCGGCGUGUCCGUUUGCUUGAUGGGCGUGGGAUGUCUGGUUUGGGCUGGCAUAGACGACAAUAAUGAUCCCACGGCUACUGGAAAAAACCAACUUGUCGGCGAUAUGCUUUGCCUCGGCGGCGCGGUGUUGUUCUCAAUAACAACGGUUCUGCAGGAAUUGGCCGUUAAGACGGUCGAUAUCAUCGAAUACCUCGGCAUGAUCGGUUUCUUCGGGACGAUAUUGAGCUGCAUGCAAACCGCCGUGCUCCAGAGGUUUCAAAUAGAAGCGUUCCACUGGGACAACGUACCAGUAAUAACAAUCUUGAUUCUCUACUGCAUCACGCAAUUCAUGUUCUUCUCUCUGGUGCCGGUAAUAUUGUUCGAGUCGGGCGCUACCGCUUUGCAAUUGGCACUUCUCACUUCGGACUCCUUCAACAUAUUGGCCGGAAUGCUUAAUCAUCACUACAAGUUUCACGCGUUAUACUUCGUUUCGUAUACGCUCACAAUGACCGGAAUAUACAUUUACGCUAUAAAGAGAACACCAAUGUCGUCCAACUCACGCAGACAACACAUCGAACCACCGAUCCCGGAUUACAGACACAUGUCCCAUCCUGACGUUGGCGAGGUAGAGAUGGCUACGAGUUCCGGUAUGUCCGGCAUGAGCGGCACCCUCGACAUGAGGGCAUCCACCCUUGGCAGCGAAAGGGAGACAAUGGACGCGACAAGCUUACCGCUUAGCGUCAGUUCCGACACGGCCUUCACCUCUUUCUAUGGCAGUCAGGCAAAUCUAAAGGUAGCAUCGAGAUCGAUGCCGCGUGUCUCGUCCAAUUCGUAUUUCAAUGCGAGUGCCGGCGCACCCUGAUAUCUGUCGGGAAUGAACUUGACGCGAGCGCAGGGUUCACGUGAUAUUCCGAGGCAGAUGGAAUCCACGCGCUUGAACGUUUUUUCAAAAUCUACCCAUUUUCGAUAAAGCAAUUUCGCGUCACGUUAUAAGACUCGACAGUCUCUUGCAUCACGGUCAUUCUUCGAAAUCUGGUAGACUCAUUUUGCAAAAAUAAUCUUGAAGCAUGAAGAUCGUAUGAUAUGUCAUAUGACUGACUCAUACGGAAGCAAUAAAAUCAAACGACAAAUAAAAUUGGUAAAUGUACACGUAUAAGAUUUAAAUAUCAUUAUUUGAUGGCACAGUGAAAAAGAUUUGGUGAUAAUAAUCAAGUAUUGGUAAAAUAGUUUUAAUUAAAUAUUUAAUUAAUAUAACUAAAUAUUUAGUAACAGUUAGUAAUUAUAUUAAUAAUAAUCAAACAAAAUAAACAAUUGAUUAUAAUAUUAAUUAAUAAGUAACAUUAAAUAUUUAAUUAUGUUUUAAUUAGACAUUAAUUGAAAUUAUUUUACCAAAACUUAAUAGUAACUAUCACUUACGCUUGAUUAUUAUUCCCAAACUCCUUUUUUAGUUUGCAAUUUUGAUUGCUCUAUAUUGAUUGCCCACAUAACCCACGAGAAGAGAACUUUUCAAAUUUGUGAUGAUCUAUUUGCCUCCGAUAGCGAAUCUCUCUGUACUUCUUUAUCUGUUCUUGGAGAUGUAAAUGAAAUCUGUGACGGUUUCAGGCUGCGAACGGGAACAGUGGUUCUGCCUAUAAUUAAUAAGCGGAAGGAAACGACUGCCUAGAGUAGAAUACCGUGCAAUUCGUUCGAAAUACGAAACUUCUUGACUUCUUGAAACGGGGCCCUUAAAAAGCAAAAGAAAGGAUGUUUGUAUAUCGACACCAUAAUUACAAGUGUUAGCAUACAGUCUAAAGACUUCUUUCAGAUAUCUGUGUAAAUUAUUAUUACACAGCGUUAACUGUACUUAACUAAACAAUAAUUGGGCCGUCUUUAAGUUGUAAUUCGAUGUGAUCAGAUGUUAUUUAAUAAAUUGACAUAAUUUAUAUAAUGUGAAAAAAUAUUACUAAAUACAAUUAAGUUAUAUAGUAACCUAGCAGUACUUUUGCAAUGCUACAAUAUAUUUUAAAUAUGUUAUAAUAAUUUUUAACAUUAUAAUUACGUUAAUCUUAUAGUCUUCGUGCCCGACGAAAUAAAUUUCACUAGCAAACAACUAUUUAAUAAUUAAAAUAAUUAUAUCUCAUUAUAAGGAUUAUGUAUUUAAUUUAAUCCUUUUGAUAUUAUAUAUAUAACUAAUGAUUAAUAUUUAAUAUUAAUUUUCGCGUAUUAAACUAGACAAUCGAAUUCAAAUUAAGGACGGCCAUUAAAAUCAAAAUAUAUACCGAUUUAGAUAUUAAUAUUCCUUCUAAUCAAAAACAUUCCUAGUGCAUUGUUUAUAAAGAUGUGAACUAAUUCUGUAAGAACGAAACGUGCCAAAUGUUAAAGUCUAUCACUUAGACCGUAGAACUAGGAGAAUGCGAAUGUAAAACAUGUACUCGUUUUAUGUACAUCUUGUACUCAUUUUCACUUAAAUUUUUUAUAUUAACACGAAUUACCUUCGUGGACGUUUGUUAUGACUAUUACGAUCGAUAUACUGUAGUAUAUAUACAGAGAUAUUUAUAAGUUAUGCUGAGAUAAAAAAUAAAGGCUGAUCGAGAUAGAAGAGAUCUUUACAAUUUGAUGAACUCGAUCGACCUAAUUGGUAUAGUCAAUGUAAGACGGCACACUACGUAAUUAUCCAACGCUAUUCUAUACUUUUAUUGCAAUAGUACGAUUUGAAAUGAACAAACAUCACCAAUAUGGAUUACAUUUAUUUGCAUUCCGCUAUUGCGCACAUGAUGUCAAAAGUAGUAAAUAAUAGCGACUAAAUCUGUGUGACUUAUAUUCUCGCCAACGAACUUUUUUGUUAAAAUAACUAAUUACAAUUGAAUCAGAGAAAAUUCACAGAAUGACGAAAAAAAUCUGAACUCUGAUCUUGUUGUUACAUCAUGCUAAUUCAUAUUAUUAUACAUUCAAUAAAUUAAUCUUAUGUAAUUAACGUUGAAAA